AUGAGAGAAGUAAUACUGGUUGUUCAUGGAAUGACAUGUAGCGCCUGUGUGAACACGCUUACCACGCAGCUACGAGCUUUAGCGGGGGUGACAAAAUGUGAUAUUAGUUUAGUGACGAAUGAGUGCCAGGUGGCAUACGAUAAUGGGGUGACUACUGAUUCUAUCAAGGAAACAAUAGAAGAUUGUGGGUUCGACUGCGAGAUACUAAAUGACAAGGAUACUACAACCGCAACUACAAGACAAGGUUUACUAAGCAUACAAGGAAUGACCUGUGGAUCCUGCGUUUCCACAGUUACCAAACAAGUGGAAGGCAUAGGAGGUGUAGAGUCUGUGGUGGUUUCGUUGGUCACAGAAGAAUGCCAUGUCAUUUACGAUCCAUCCAAGACAACACUAGAUAGCAUCAGAGAAACGAUCGAGGACUGUGGAUUUGAUUCAAGUAUUAUAAUAGAUGAUGCGGGAGCGCCCGAUCAGACUGAAAAAACCGUAGUUUUGAAAAUAUUGGAGGACUCAGAUGGCGAAUCUCCACCCGCGCUUUCAUCAUUUAGUGAAAGAUUCCAGUUCUUACUAGACCUAGGUGUAAUAUCAAUAGAUAUUUCCGAUGAAUUGCGCACGCUUACCGUUAAAUACAACUCUAACAAACUCGGCAUCAGAGACUUAUUAACUCACAUAGAAACAACCGGCUGUAAAUUCACCGUAUAUUCCAAUUUAGAUAGCUCUACCCAGCUAAGACUACUAUCGAAAGAAGAAGAAAUAAAAUUCUGGAAAAGAAACUGCAUAAGCUCUUCUUCAUUGGCCGUUACAUGCUUGGUAUUAUAUAUGAUUUUUCCGAUGGUGGCGCCAUCAGUAGUUCAGAAACGCAUCUUCCCAUAUAGAGAAAUAUCGUUCAUAAAAGGUCUUUUCUACAGAGAUAUCAUUGGUGUGAUAUUGGCAAGCUACAUUCAGUUCGGCAUCGGGUCAUAUUUUUAUAAAGCUGCAUGGGCCUCAUUCAAACACGGCUCAGGAACCAUGGAUACACUGGUUUGCGUUUCCACCACUUCUGCGUACGCUUUUUCUAUUAUCUCUCUACUUCACAAUAUAUUUCAUCCCUCAGACACGGGGAAAUUACCAAAGAUUGUUUUCGAUACAUCAGUUAUGAUAAUUUCUUACAUCUCUAUCGGGAAAUACCUCGAAACCUUGGCUAAAUCACAAACUUCUACAGCACUCUCUAAACUAAUCCAGCUAACGCCUUCUGUGUGUUCAAUUUUAUCGGGUACAGAAUUUGGCGAGACAACAGAAAUCCCCAUAGAAUUAUUACAAGUGCACGAUAUAGUGGAGAUAAAACCGGGAAUGAAAAUCCCUGGCGAUGGUAUCAUAAUAAGAGGUGAAUCUGAAAUCGACGAGUCCUUGAUGACUGGUGAAUCUGUCCUGGUACCCAAGAAAGAAGGCUCUUUGGUGAUCGCAGGUUCUAUCAAUGGAUCUGGCCAUUUCUAUUUUAAAGCUACGACAGUUGGAGAAGAAACAAAAUUAGCGAAUAUUAUCAAGGUCAUGAAACAAGCACAAUUGACUAAAGCCCCCAUUCAGGGGUAUGCGGAUUAUUUAGCUUCCAUUUUCGUUCCCGGAAUUUUAAUCUUAGCUGUACUAACAUUUUUCACCUGGUGUAUUAUUCUAGAAGCCUCAGCCAAUCCGCCAACAGUUUUCAGCUCGAAUACAAAAGGCGAUAAUUUUUUCAUUUGUCUGCAAACUGCCACAUCGGUUGUGAUCGUUGCGUGCCCAUGUGCACUAGGGCUAGCUACGCCAACUGCAAUAAUGGUGGGUACAGGGGUUGGAGCUCAGAAUGGUGUCCUGAUUAAAGGUGGAGAAGUGUUGGAAAAAUUCAAUGGUAUCAGUACUUUUGUUUUUGAUAAAACAGGAACCUUAACCACCGGCUUUAUGGUUGUGAAGAAGUUUCUCAAAGAUUUGAAUGGGAUUGAAAAACUAGAUGAAAGUGAAGUGCUUGCUUGUAUCAAAGCGACCGAAUCCAUUAGUGAUCAUCCAGUGUCAAAGGCGAUAGUUCGCUAUUGUGAUAGUUUGAAUCGUAGCAAAGCCUCAAGUGCCGUUGUUUUAGAAAGCGAAUAUGUGUUAGGAAAGGGGAUUAUAUCAAAGUGUCAGGUUAACGGAAAUAUUUACGACGUUCUUAUYGGCAAUGAGGCAUUGAUUCCGGAUGAAGUGUUAAAGGUGUCCAGGAUUAAUCACAAGGACAUGGAUCAAGGACAUACAGUUUCGUAUGUUUCCGUCAAUGCGCAUGUCAUUGGUUUAUUUGAGAUAAAUGAUGAAGUCAAGCAUGAUUCCUACGAAACAAUCCAGUAUUUACAAAGGAACGGGUACGAGACAUAUAUGAUAACUGGUGAUAACAACUCGGCUGCAAAGAGAGUGGCUAGAGAAGUAGGUAUAAACUUCCAAAAUGUUUACAGCGAUGUUUCGCCUACAGGUAAAUGUGAUCUCGUUAAAAAAAUACAAGAGGAAGAAGGUAAAAACAAAGUUGCUGUUGUUGGUGAUGGGAUUAACGACGCACCCGCUUUGGCAUUAAGUGACCUUGGUAUUGCAAUUUCAACUGGUACAGAAAUUGCUAUUGAAGCGGCUGAUAUUGUCAUACUAUGUGAUAGCGACCCAAACACUAUCGGCCUGAAAGGUCUGGUCAAUGCCAUUGAUAUUUCGCUAAAGACAUUCAAAAGAAUAAAGUUAAACUUAUUUUGGGCACUUUGCUAUAACGUAUUCAUGAUUCCAAUAGCUAUGGGUGUGUUAGUUCCCUGGGGAGUAACACUUCCACCAAUGCUUGCCGGUUUGGCCAUGGCAUUUAGCUCAGUUAGUGUCGUACUCAGCUCUCUUAGAUUGAAGAAAUGGUCCCCACCGGAUAUUAAAUCUUACGAGACCUCAGAUUCCAAAUCUAAAUUUUCCAUCGGAAACGUUUGGUCAAGGCUUUUCUCUCGUCAGGUUGUCCGAAAUGGGCAAGAUAUAGAAUCACACGCUGGAUUAAUGUCAAACGAAGAAAGCUUUGCAAGUACUUGA